CCAUAGCGUCAUGUGCGGCGCCGGCGCAGAGCGAGAAAGAGGCGGGAGCACCGUGAAGCCAAAGCGUUGGGCAUAGCUGGGAGGCAAACUUCAGUGGAGGUGUUUGUCUUUUUCGGCAGGUGAUGGCGCCCCCCGCGGCCUAGAGGUCCAGCACCCGCGGUGAGCCACAGACAGCCCUUCCGUUGUGUCCCACCGAGAGUCCUGGGACCAGUGAAUAUGUUGGUGCCGCUAGCCAAGCUCUCCUGCCCGGCAUAUCAGUGCUUUCAUGCCUUAAAAUUUAAGAAAAAUUAUCUACCUCUGUGUCAAACAAGAUGGUCUUCAACUUCUGUUGUACCUCGAAUUACUACCCACUAUACUAUUUAUCCCCGGGAUAAGGACAAGCGAUGGGAAGGAGUGAACAUGGAGAGGUUUGCAGAAGAAGCAGAUGUAGUUAUAGUUGGCGCAGGCCCUGCAGGACUCUCUGCAGCUGUUCGUCUAAAGCAAUUGGCUACUAAACAUGAAAAGGACAUCCGUGUGUGUCUAGUAGAGAAAGCCGCUCAAAUAGGAGCUCAUACUCUCUCAGGGGCUUGCCUUGAUCCACGUGCUUUUGAAGAAUUAUUCCCAGACUGGAAGGAAAAGGGAGCUCCACUUAACACUCCUGUAACAGAAGACAGAUUUGGAAUUUUAACAAAGAAAUACAGAAUUCCUGUGCCAAUUCUUCCAGGUCUUCCAAUGAAUAAUCAUGGCAAUUACAUUGUACGCUUGGGACAUUUAGUGAGCUGGAUGGGAGAACAAGCAGAAGCCCUUGGUGUUGAAGUAUACCCUGGUUAUGCUGCUGCUGAGGUACUUUUUCACGAAGAUAGCAGUGUAAAAGGAAUUGCCACUAACGAUGUAGGGAUACAAAAGGAUGGUGCACCAAAGACAACAUUUGAGAGAGGACUAGAACUACAUGCAAAAGUCACAGUUUUUGCAGAGGGGUGCCAUGGACAUCUAGCCAAGCAAUUAUAUAAGAAGUUUGAUUUGCGAGCCAAUUGUGAUCCCCAGACCUAUGGAAUUGGACUGAAGGAGUUAUGGAUUAUUGAUGAAAAGAAGUGGAAACCAGGGAGAGUGGAUCACACUGUCGGCUGGCCCUUGGACAGACACACUUAUGGAGGCUCCUUCCUCUACCAUUUAAAUGAAGGCGAACCUCUGGUAGCCCUUGGUUUUGUGGUUGGUCUAGACUACCAGAAUCCAUAUUUGAGUCCAUUUAAAGAGUUCCAGAGGUGGAAACACCAUCCCAGCAUUCAGCCAACAUUGGAAGGUGGAAAAAGGAUUGCAUAUGGAGCCAGAGCCCUGAAUGAAGGUGGCUUUCAGUCUAUACCAAAACUCACCUUUCCUGGUGGCUUACUAAUUGGUUGUAGUCCUGGUUUCAUGAAUGUUCCCAAGAUCAAAGGUACCCACACAGCAAUGAAAAGUGGAAUUUUGGCAGCAGAAUCUAUUUUUAAUCAACUAACUAGUGAAAAUCUCCAAUCAAAGACAAUAGGACUUCAUGUACCUGAAUAUGAAGACAAUAUAAAGAAAUCCUGGGUGUGGAAAGAGCUAUACACUGUUAGAAAUAUCAGACCAUCCUGCCAUGGGAUACUGGGUGUAUAUGGCGGGAUGCUUUACACUGGAGUCUUUUACUGGAUAUUGAGAGGAAUGGAGCCGUGGACUCUAAAACAUAAAGGUUCUGACUCUGAUCAGCUCAAGCCAGCCAAGGACUGCACACCUAUUGAGUAUCCCAAACCUGAUGGACAGAUCAGUUUUGACCUUUUGUCAUCUGUGGCUCUGAGUGGUACUAACCAUGAACAUGACCAGCCAGCACAUUUAACCUUAAAGGACGACAGUAUUCCGGUAAAUAGAAAUCUGUCAAUAUAUGAUGGACCGGAGCAGCGAUUCUGCCCUGCAGGAGUUUAUGAAUUUGUACCUUUGGAACAAGGUGAUGGAUUUCGGUUACAGAUAAAUGCUCAGAACUGCGUGCACUGUAAAACAUGUGAUAUUAAAGAUCCAAGUCAGAAUAUUAACUGGGUGGUACCCGAAGGUGGUGGAGGACCUGCUUACAAUGGAAUGUAAACUGCAACUGAUUUCGUUUGCAGGCACGUUUGAUAGUUUCUUUAAAACGUAUGGCAAACUAACUUUAAAUGCUAAGAAGUCAACAGGUGUCAAAAUAUUUUACUGCAUAUUACUGAUCAGAAUGUUCAUAAAAUUAUCAAAGAAAUAAACAUUUUAUACUUAAACCUGAAAUUAUGAAUAUUCCUCCUACAUAAAACUUUACAAAUGAGGUAGCAUCUGCUUACCUCUAUAAUUCUUCAAAGAUUCAGUACCAAUAGCAAAUACACUACUGGCCUUUAAUGUAGAUUUGACUUGUCAAAUUCAAAACUUCAAAUAUAAAUGUAUAUUCUAUACCAGUUUAGCAUCCAGCCCACCACUUUUCUCAUGAAUAGUUUUACUGGAACACAUGAUACCCAAUGGUUUACAUACGGUCUGUGGCUACAACUGCAGAAAUGAGCAGUUGUGACAGAUGACAAUGGUCCACAAAACCUAAAAUAUUUACUAUCUGGCCCUUUGGAGAAAGUGGGUUGACCCCUGAAUAUUUUGUACAUAAGUACAAAACACCAGCAAAAACCAACCACAGAGAAAUACAUCAAAGAAUUGAGGGAAACAGUAUACAAACUUAAGCUUUAAACUGUUUAUUCAACAAGAUGUGUCUUCAGGAGUUUAGAAACAGGUACCGAGUUUAGAAUAACAGACACCAUUAUUCUUUGUGAUUAAUGCAGAAAGCCAUUUAAAAAAAAAUCAAACUUCACUGUAUUUUGCAACACUGUUUUAUUAAGAGUGAACUCUUUUCAGUAUUCCUGAAAUGUAAACAAUGGGAAACUGAAGUAUCAAAGGAAACACAUCAGGGAUCAUAUAUAACUGACAAAAACCUUUAAAUUUUCUUACUGCCUUCAUAUAACAAUCAAUGCAUAUUUAAAUAAAACUGAAUUUCUUACUAGGCAAACAUUUUUGCAUACGCUGCCUUCUCUUUAUCUUUCUGUGCUUUUAUCUUUUGUUUGACUUUCAGCAAUUCUGCCUGGAUAGCUGUAAAAUAAAUACGUAAUAGGGGUUAUUUCUCAAAACAUCCAAAAAAUUAGGAUGCCCAACAACUAAUGUUUUACAUAUGAUAGUUAAUUCUCCCCGUUGAUACAACUCUUCUCUGUAAAGUAACUGAGCUCAAUUAAUAGACUAUUUUACUGACAAAGCAAUCACACAAACACAAAAACCAUGAAACAUAACUUUAGAAGAUUGUCAAUUUGAGAGAAGUCUAACUGAAUUGUGUAGAUUUGCCUUCUCUCUCCCUGUGAGAGAAGGCAAUUAAGUGCCUCCCCUGUUUUACUUUAGCAGUGAGAGACUGAAGAUAUAUUUUAACAUCUAGAUCUCGUAUCACUAUUUGUAGCAGGCGUAUUUGAAAAAAACAAACUAAUUUUUGUCCUAACUUCCCAAAGCUUUCCUAAAAUACACAUCCAGUAACUAGAAUACUUGUAUUAUGGCCUCAUUCAGCUUAAGGAAUGGUCCCACACAUUAAAUUCAUCAUAAAUACUGUAUCUUUUACUGCUGUGCUUUCAACUAGAAUUAAAGUAAUAGGAACCAGAUCUCAAAUGAUAUGAGAGAAAAAUAUUUGGGUAUGUGAAAAUCAGUAUUCUGAAGAGUAACUAGAAUGUAAGCUCUUUUGAGAGCAGGGACCUUGACUUGUUCACUGCCAUAUGAUCAGUACCAAUAACAGUCAUUAUGUAGUAUCUGUUGAACAAAUAUCUAAGUGGCAAAGGGUACAAUGGUUCAUAAAGAUACAUUCUUAACAGGACAAAAUGAACUUUGACCAUAAAAAUUGCCAACUUACCUUUAUCUUCCGGUGCUAUCUCCUGAGCUUUCUUAAGAUCAGCCUUUAAUUGAAAAAAGACAUUUAAAAAAAUAUUAGAUACAUGAUUUAUGAAGGUGAUUGUCUAAAAAUAUUAAAGCUUAGAACAAAAUUUUA